AUGGGGAUUUGCUUUGAGUGCAAGAAGUCAACUGAUCUGUACUGCGUCCACCACAAAAAGCACGUCUGCAUCGAUUGUAUGUUUAAGACGCACGCAGUCUGCACUAUGAGUAAAUACAAAGAUUAUGUGAUGGACAACAAACCCGAAGUGAAUGAAUGCCCGUUGUGUAAAGCUGUACUUGGUGAUAAGGAAGUUGUCCGUUUGCCAUGUUUAUGUGUUGUUCACAAAGAAUGUAUUGUCAAAGAAUUUGAUGAUGCAACAGGCGAGUUAAAGUGUCCACAGUGCCAAACUCCCGUUUUUGUUGGCAAAGAUGACAUCCCAACACAAAUAAAAGAGCAUCUCCUCGCCAUUUUCGCGGGAAAGAAAUACAUCCAACCGUUUUUGGACGCGAACUUACAAACUAUAGCACACGAAGAUAUCGAUACAACAACACAACUCCUCUUGAAACCAGAAGACGAAAAAGAAGAGCAAAACGUCUCGUACACCAAAAAUGAAAUUUCGAGCUUAAAAAAGGUUGCUGAGGCAACGGAAGUAAACGUUGAAGCAGAGGACGAUUCGAGCGGCCCUCAUAUGAAUGACACGGACACGUCUGACGAAGAGGAUGCCAAAAAGAAAUUGCAAGGGUCAUUGGGGAUGGGUUUUGUUGCGACGUUGGGGCACAACAAACGGAUUUCUGGGCGGGGCAUCUUCAUCAUUUUAGUGUUGAUGGUUGUCUUAGUGCUUUUCAUGGUGAUCGUAUAUUUCUUUGGAAAUACCGACACAUAA